AUGGCCAACAAGAGGAAAAUGAUUGAUGGAGUGGAAACAUCCAAAUUUAGCCGAGAAGAACUCGAAGAAUUUGCUUAUAAACUAAAAGCAGCAAACGAUAGAGAACGUGAGGAACGAAAUUAUUUUCAAACCGAAAGGGACAAAUUUCGAACCUACUGGGAAAUUACUAGAAGCGAAUUAGAGACGACAAAAGCCGCUCUGCAAAACAGGAAUAGACAACUUGAAGAAGCAGAUGAAAAAAAUGCGGAAGAACUCAGAUUCUACAAACAGAAAGUGAAAUAUCUUCAAUAUGAACAUCAAAACAGUCUGAAUGAGACCUUGAUAGCUUUCAAGAAAGUCUAA